AUGCUGGAAAUUGGUGUCCAACGCAAGGACGGGGUCAUCUCGUCCGAGGCUCGCAACGCCCCUAUUCCGGAGCCCGCUGAGAAUGAAGUGUUGAUCAAGGUGGUUGCAACAGACUCGAAUCCGAAGGACUGGAAGGCAAGCGCACGGCCAGUGAAGACUAACCAAGGCGACGACAUCGCCGGCAUGGUCCACAAAGUCGGGAAGAAGGUCCACGAGUUCAAGCCGGGCGACAGAGUUGCUGCCUUCCAUCGAAUGUUUGCCCCGUCUGGAUCCUAUGCUGAAUAUGCCAUCGCGCCCGCUUCGACAACAUUUUUUCUGCCUCCCAAUAUCUCUUUCGAGUCCGGAGCCACCCUUCCGCUUGCGAGCAUGACGGCUGCUUUGGCACUCUACCAACACCUGGGUCUGCCGGCACCCUGGAAUCCGGUGAGUAAGGGCAAGCGAGUGCCAUUGUUGAUAUAUGGAGGGUCUUCGGCUGUUGGGACGUUCGCCCUCAAGUUCGCCAAACUGAGCGGCCUUGGCCCCAUCAUCACGAUCGCAGGCGGAGGUGCCGAUUUCGUCAGAUCCAUAAACGCCGCCGAUUAUAUCGUGGAUUACCGCAAGAAGAACGUUGUGGCCGACGUCCAGAGGAUCCUGGAUGACGAAGGUGUCAAACUACACCACGCCUUCGACGCCAUCUCUGAGCACGACAGCUGGAAACACGUCCUUGACCUUCUGGACAAGAAAGGCUCUGAGCCUGGAAAGAUUGUCAUGGUGGAUCCUCCUGAGCCUGUGGUACCCGAGUGGCCCCAGGGUAUCGAGUUCGGCCGCGUCUUUGUUUCAUCGGCAUAUGGGGAGUCGCAUAGAUGGUGCAACGAGGAGGAAGCGAAGGUUCACCGGGACUUUGCCUAUGUCUUCUACAGGUACAUGACCCUCCUCCUUGAUGAGGGUAGGUUUGUCCCACACCCCUAUGAAGUGCAACCCGAUGGGCUGCUGGCGGUCGAAAAGGGUGUGCAGGCGCUGCAUGACAAGAAGGUCUCGUCGAAGAAGCUUGUCUACAGAAUCGCAGAUACCCCUGAUCUGGACAAGUAUCAUUGA